GUACCAUGUCAUAGUAACAUUCAAAGUAUCUAAUCCAUUCUUUUCCAAAUUUCAAAACCACAAAUUGUUUGACUACUCUAAAGCAACAUGUCGGCUAGCUAACAUAAUCUUUUUCUAAUUACCUAUCAAAUAAAUCCCCUGAAUUUUCUUGUUCUUGCUCUGUUUCAUCAUCUUCCUCAACCAGACAUGAAAAAUCUCAAGAACCCAUAUUUUUUCGUAGUUUUUAUUGUAAUUUCUUGUUUUCAAGAACCCAUUUUCGCCACAGAAUUUGUUUUUAAUGGGUUCAAUUCAACUAAUCUCCUUAACUACGGAUACGCAACAAUCGAGUCUAAAAUUCUUUCACUUACUAACAACACUCCGUUCAUCAUCGGCCGUUCUUUAUACCAAUCAAGAAUCCAAACCAAAGAUCCAAACUCCUCCCAUGUCUUACCUUUUUCAACUUCUUUCAUAUUCUCUAUGGCCCCGUACAAGAAUGUUCUCCCGGGCCACGGCUUAGUCUUCAUUUUCACACCUAACACCGGCAUACAAGGCACAACCGCCGCUCAGAAUUUAGGCUUAUUUAACCGGACAAACGACGGCCAUCCGAGUAACCAUGUGUUCGGAGUCGAGUUUGAUGUUUUUGCUAACCAAGAAUUCAAUGAUAUGAAUGAUAAUCAUGUGGGGGUUAAUGUGAAUUCUUUGACUUCAAGAUUUGCAGCUGAUGCAGGCUAUUGGGUUGAUGGUGACUUGAGUUUCAAGAAACUGAAGCUGAAUAACGGUGAGAAUUAUCAGGUUUGGAUUGAUUAUAAAGAUUCUUUGAUUAAUAUAACCAUGGCUCCGGCCGGUUUGAGAAGGCCUCGUAAGCCUUUGUUGAAUGUUUCUGUUGAUCUUACUGAUGUUUUUGUGGAGAAUAUGUAUGUGGGGUUUACUUCAGCAACUGGGAGGCUUGUUCAAAGUCAUAAGAUUUUAGGUUGGAGUUUUAGUAAUACAAAUUCUUCAAUUGGUGAGAGGUUAAUUGCAGUUGGCUUACCAUCGUUUGUUCUUCCAAAAGCUUCUGUUUUUGAGUCUAAAGGGUUUAUUGCAGGGGUUACAGUUGGGAGUUUUGUCUGUGUUGUGUUGAUUGUUUUGAUUAUAUUGUUUUUUGUUAGAAGGAAGAUGAAGAGGGAUAGAGAAAAAGCUGACAUGGAGGAGUGGGAGUUGGAGUAUUGGCCACAUAGGAUUACAUAUCAGGAGAUUGAGACAGCAACUAAGGGAUUUAGUGAAGAGAAUGUGAUUGGAAUUGGAGGAAAUGGUAAGGUUUAUAAGGGUGUUUUGCCUGGUGGAAGUGAGGUGGCAGUGAAGAGAAUUUCUCAUGAGAAUGAUGGAAUGAGAGAGUUUCUUGCAGAGAUUUCAAGUCUUGGAAGAUUGAAGCACAGGAAUUUAGUCGGAUUGAGAGGUUGGUGUAAGAGAGACAAAGGAAAUUUCAUGUUAGUUUAUGAUUAUUUAGAGAAUGGAAGUUUAGAUAAAAGGUUAUUUGAUUGUGAUGAAACUAAAACCUUAAAUUAUCAAGAAAGAUUGAGAAUUUUGAAGGAUGUAGCUUCAGGAGUGUUGUAUCUACAUGAGGGAUGGGAAUCUAAAGUGCUGCACAGAGACAUUAAGUCCAGCAAUGUGUUACUCGACAAGGAUAUGACCGCGAAAUUAGGCGAUUUCGGGUUAGCUAGAAUGCAUAGCCAUGGUCAGGUGGCUAGCACCACAAGGGUGGUUGGAACCGUAGGGUACUUAGCGCCUGAGGUGGUCCGAACUGGCAGAGCAUCGGCGCAAACGGACGUGUUCGGAUUCGGAGUCUUGAUUUUAGAAGUAAUGUGUGGGAGGAGACCUAUAGAAGAAGGAAAACAGCCUUUGGUUGAGUUUAUAUGGCAGAAAAUGAUGCAAGAGCAAUUACUGACAGUUCUUGAUCCGCGGUUAAACGGAGAAUUAGAGCUUGAUAAGGAAGAAGUAGAGAGAGUGUUACAUUUAGGACUAUUAUGUGCAUAUCCUGAUGCUAGUGUGAGACCAACAAUGAGACAAGUUGUGAAGAUUUUGGAAGGUAAAAAUGAGAAUGAAAACAAUGAAAAUGAAGAUAUUGAUGCUUAUUUGCUAGAGAAUAUGAAUUCUAAAGAAAUGUGGUUGAAUUAUUCAGAUUGUUUAGGAUAUUCAUCACAUCCAACAUUUGAAGCUCUCAGACAAACACAAUCAUCAUCAGCAAUCUCACUUUCUUGGAGUGAUAAUAGUGGUAUAGUUGAGGGUAGAUUUUCGGAGAUCGACACGGUUAGCGAGACGGAUGGAGAUGUUGGGACAAAUGAGAUUCAAGACAAUGUAAAUUUGAGAUUGAUGGUGAGAAAUUAGAUUUGGAGCUUGUGUAUUUUUUUGAGUGAUAUGUUGAUUCAUUUUGUCUGUACUUAGUGUGUGUGUGUGUGUGUGUGUGUGUGUGUGUGUGUGUGUGUGUGUGUGUGUGUGUGUGUGUGUGUGUGUGUGUGUGUGUGUGUGUGUGUGUGUGUAUAUAGAAGUUUUAGAUUAUGAUAUUAGAGAAUUAGUUUUGAUUUUUGUUCAAAAUCACAGGUUUGAACAUUUUUUGUAUCAAGUUGAAGGGGUUGAAAUGAAACUUUGUCGAAUUUUUUUAUUA